GGGAUGGGUUGUGGUGGGCACGCCUCUGAGCUGGGAGCCUCAGCAGGCUCUCAGGCUUCUCUAGGGGGAGGUGCCUGGUUGUGACAGGUUGGAGGAUUCCCAGGCUCUCAGGCUUCUCUAGGGGGAGGUGCCUGGUUGUGACAGGUUGGAGGAUUCCCAGCCCAGAGGGAGAUUGGGGUUAGACAGCUAAAGUAAGGUUCCUGGGAGUUGAGUGGGAAUCUCCAGAGGGUGCAGGCUGGGUCCUCCAUGCCAGCUGCCCUGACAUGGAGUUGGAAAUGCCUACUUAAGCUUACCAUAUGCCAGGUUCUGUUCUAAGUACUUCAAGUAACGAUUUUAAUUCUUCACAAUAAACCUUUGAGACAGGUACUGUCAUCCCGUUCUAGGGAUGAGAAAAGAGGUAAGAAAGAUGACAGAGGUGGGAUAUGAAUCUACUCAUUGUGGUCCCAGACUCCUCAUUCUAGCCAUCUUGAGGCCUUUGUGGCCCUUCCGAUAAUGGACCAGGAGCUGGACUAGGGGCUGGGGGUAGAUUCCUGUCUUCCAAAGGGGUCUGGGGAUUCCAUGCCCCCACAUCACUGCUUCCUUCUUCUGCCUGGGUUUCCUGGAAAGUGUGACAGAGUUGCUGUGGUCGGAAGUCCUGCGGUCAUGGCUCCCCAGGCUGCAGACCCUGCCCGGAUGGGGCCCCUAGGCCUCCUCCUGACUGCUGCGCUGCUCCUGGCCCAGGUGGUGCCUCGGGAGGCCUCCCAGCACUGCGGGCGCCUGGAGUACUGGAACCCUGAUAACCGGUGCUGCGGCAGCUGCCUGCAGCUCUUUGGGCCGCCCCCCUGUCCCGACUACGAGUUUUCGGAAAACUGCGGGCUCGAUGAUUCUGGCGAUCACAUGUCACGUCCCUUCAAAGAAUGUCCUUUUGGGCAGUGCAACCCCGACAGUGCGGAGCUAUGUAGCCCCUGUGGCGGCGGAGCCACGGCCCCUGCUCCCGCGGGGAGCCGGAGCAGAACACAGCAGCGCUGCCCACAGAGGUCGAUCCCUCCCAAGGAGCCCUGCCCCCUGAAGUCUGGGAAACCAGAUGUCCUUAGCUCCCAGGACCCCAGCCCAUCACCGAUUUCCAGUCUGUCGUGGACAUCUGAGCGCAGCGUCACUCAGAUCUUGCCAAAUUUUGCCCUGCCGGUCGUGCUGGUUUUCGUGGUGCUGGUUCUGCUGAUCACCUCAGGAGUGGUCCUCCUGGUGGCCCAGCGGUGUCACCACCAGGCAAAAGUUGUCCUCCAUCCCUAUCCUGGCUUGGUUUGCGAGGACACCAACAUCCAUACCCUCCUCUUCUCCCCGCACUCGUCCUCUCCAGGCUCCCUGGAGGCAUCAGAGACAGGGGACUCACGGAAGGAGGUCGCUCUGGUUCCACUCCUGGGCAGAGAACUGCCUAAUUUGGCCUCACAGCCCCUGUCUCGCCUCCUGGAUGAGCUGGAGGUGCUGGAGGAGCUGAUUGUACUGCUGGAUCCCGAGCCGGGGCCGGGUGGGGGGAUGGCCUGUGGCACCACCAGACACCUGGCGGCAAGAUACGGAGUGCCUGCUGCCUGGUCCACCUUCGCCUACUCGCUGCGGCCCAGUCGCUCACCACUGCGGGCCUUGAUUGAGAUGGUGGUGGCAAGGGAGCCGUCUGCUUCUCUGGGCCAGCUUGGCACACACCUGGCCCAGCUAGGGCGGGCAGAUGCGCUGCAGGUGCUGUCCAAGCUUGGCUGAGCUGGGACUUGCCCAGCCUAGUCCUUAAUAAAGUUUCCCGUGAAAUAAG